AUGAACACUGAUGUGGGCGACAAGAGAGAUAUUAGAGGAGGAGGUCUGUACCACUGCAGAGGAGGGAGAGGAGAUCCAGCUUUCUUCUCUGAGGACAGCAAUGAAGUCACUGUGGAGGAAACUGAUCCCAUUAAGCCCACUGUGAUCCUGCAGCCAUCCUGGACUCAGAUAUUCAGCGGUGAGACAGUCACUGUCAGAUGUGAGAUUCAGGGAGGUGGAGGAACUCAGUGGACGUAUGAAUGGAGUCCAGCCAAGUUAAACACACCUCCAACAUCCAGUGAAUACAGAAUCAGCAGAGCUGCUGAGUCUGACAGUGGAGGAUACAGAUGCCGGGGCAGAAGGGACUAUUUGUUAACAGGGUGGAGUGAUACCAUCACACUGACUGUAUCAUAUAAACCAAAGGCUGAACUGAGAGCUGAUAACACAGCUGUUCCAGUAGGGGGCAGUGUGAGCCUGACCUGCUCUGUGAGCCUAUCAUCACCAUCAUCAUCAUCAUCUGGUUGGAAAUACUACUGGUACAGAGAUGAGAAACACUCUGAACCUCUGACCACACAAGAUGCAGUUUUCCUCUCAAAUGGACAAAUCAGAGUCUCACAGGAAGGACUCUACAGGUGCAGAGGAGGAAGAGGAGACCCAGUUUACUACACAGAGGACAGUCAGUCAGUCUGGAUUAACAAGACUGGUUUCAGAGGUGAAUGCUGGUCGUUUCUUGUGCCGUUCAUGGUUGGACUGGUUUGUGGAAGUUCACUGAUUGUUGCUGUGCUGCUGUGCUGUAUGUGCUGCCGCACAAGGAUAAAAGAUCCAUGUGGUCACAGCUUCAUGCAGUCUCCAAACAUCAAUCAAGGCUCUGCUACGCCCCAAACAGCCGACCAAAGUGAAACUCAAGUUUACUCCUCUCUUCUCCACGGAGAUCUUUGUGUCUAUGAAUCAGUCAGAAACUCUGGAAACACUCAAAGUGGGGGAGCAGCAGGUGAACACAGUAAUGCAGCAUCUACUAUUCAGCUUGAUGAGAGGAGGAGACAUGAUGCUGCAGAGGAGAGCUCUGACUACAAUAAUGUGAAUCCUGAUUCAGCCUCAGGUCCAUAAAGAGGCUCGUGGACAACAACACAACAACAACAUUCAGCUUUUAACAUUCACACAAUUGCUGCCAUUUAAACUUCAGACUCAGAGUCAUUUGUGCGUUUAGUUUAAAGAAUGAGAUGCUCUGGAUUUUCAGCAUAAAUGGAAGAUGAUACAGUCGACCUUUGUAUUCAUGCUCAUUGUGUUUCUUUCUGCUACAAUAAAUGUAGUGUUGAGGUGAAAUAUUGUGGGGCCAUAUCUAUCCAGUAUGUGUGUGUACAGAUACCUGUGUACAGAAGCUCUCCUGUGAUGCUUCUUUCAUCAGCUGCUGUAAAUGUUCCCCAUACAGUAUGAUGCUGAUUUCCCAUCAGGCCACUGAGAGGAACACAGUGUCGCCUUUUUGCCUUUAUUCUAUCUGCUUUUGUGUUGUGCGUUUGGGCGCAUCGUCCGAGUCCUGACAAAGUUACGGUCAAAUAUUCUGCUCAUUUGUAUUUUGUAUAGAAGAUUCACUGAAUAUCAUAUUUACUCUUAAUAAAAAUACUAGUGUAACUCACUUCCUCCUGAAUUGUACAUGUGAUGCAGCUCUGCAGCUUCCUUUAUGCUCCAGUGUGCUGCUCGUGUUUCCUGUUGGUAUAAAAUAAUGU